AUGGGAAAACAAGAAGAAUAUGAAGAGACUGAGUCAGAAGAAGAAUCAUCAGAUGAAGAAGAAGAAGAGGAGCCAGAGAAAUGGAGAAGACACUACUCAUCAAAGCACAGGAUUUUAUUGGUUGGAGAAGGUGACUUCUCCUUCUCUCUUUCUUUAGCCAGAGCUUUUGGUUCUGCUCGCAACUUGGUUUCUACUACUGUUGAUACCCAAGAUAACAUAGCCAAAAGGUACAGUAAUGGAGUAGGAAAUGUGAGGGAACUAGAAGAGAAAGGAGGGUUAGUGUUCUAUGGAGUGGAUGCCAAAGAGAUGAGUAAGCACUUCUUUUUGAGGACUCAGAGGUUUGAUCGAAUUGUCUAUAACUUCCCUCAUGUUGGUUUCCUCUACCGUGAGGAUAGCUACUGCCAAAUCCAGUUGAACAAGAGACUGAUAAAGGGCUAUUUAAGUAAUGCCAAAGUUCUGCUGAGGGAGGAGAAAGGGGAGAUUCAUGUAGCACACAAGGAAGGUGACCCUUAUGACAAAUGGGAUUUAGUCAAGAAAGCAGAGAAGAUAGGCUUGGUUUUGCACGAAAUGGUGCCCUUCUCCAGAGAAGAUUAUCCAGGAUAUGACAACAAGAGAGCCCACGGUGACUGUUCUGAUGCUCCCUUUCGACUUGGGGAUUGCAGUACUUACAAGUUCAAGCCUAAACGCUCAUCCAAUCUUGCAUAG